UUUGACAUUUUCCAGAAUAUUUAGUCAACGUCAAAAUUUCAUUCGCCAUGAAGAAAAAGAGCAAGAAGUUUAGGCCUUGCAAAAUUCCGAGGUACCUAAUCGGGUCGGCCAGUCCCCAACUAAUCGCGACGGAUUUAGCCGAAUUCAACGCUCAUCGGUACAAAGUGUUUACCGCUAAACCCAGAACUGACACAAACCCGCCUAAAAUGAAUCCCUUUAAAUAUGUUGACAUCAGAAAACUCCGUAGCGAUGAGGAACGUUUGAAACUCAUCGACAAAGAAAAUAAAGAAAUUCUUAAAGCGAUUAACACAGUUAAUAGGACAAUAGGAAGAAUAGAUUCCUACAACCCCCAUGCCUACGCCAACAAGUCCAAGUGGCUAGGACAUGUAAUCACGAUGAAAAAAAUCGAAAACAAGAAUAAAACAAUUUACCACAAAAUCGUGUCAGCUAGUUCCAGUUACCAGCGCGAAGCUAUGAACCGCUUCUGGACUGGGGUGAUCAAAAAAUUGCAGUUAACGUCGAAAUUCCCUCUUGUCAUUCUUCAAAAACCACCCUUGGACCACGAGCUUUCAAAAGAACCGUCCAUCAGUUGCGGGUUAGAGAAACUGUCGGAACGUCCCUUAUGUUUUCUCGAAUUUCAAGUUGUGGAUGGACCGUUCCUAGGCCGCAUGGAGAUCGAACUUUACCACGACCACGUCCCCGUAACCGUCCAAAAUUUCCUGGAAAUUUGCUCGGGCCAAAACAAGAAGAAGCUGUCGUAUAAAAACUGUCCCGUCCAUAGAAUCGUGCCAGGUAAGUUUUUGGCAACGGGGGACAUCACGCUGGGGACGGGCAGAGGCGGGACGUCCAUCUAUGGCAAGGACUUUUCAGAGGAAGGCCACAAGCUCAAACACACGAGGACCGGUGUCCUUUCGAUGUGUCGCGUGCACAAACACGACAACAACUCCCUUUUCUGCAUAACUUUCACCGCGAUGGAGUCCCUCGACAACCAGAACGUGGUAUUUGGAAAAGUGAUAAAAGGAGCCCACCAUUUAUUAAAAAUAGAGGGUUACGGGAGACGUGUGGGCAAGCCCUUAUUACCGAUAAUAAUUUCCAACUGCGGCAAACUGAACCCCGCGCUUGAGUGUUAG